UUUUGUAAGGAUUUGAUGAUUGUAAAUAUAGGAAGAUGGAGCUGUUUGCUGUGUUUGUGUUCCUACUCUAUGCCUCUCAGGAUUCUUUGACUGUAGAAGUGGAGGUUCAGGAGGCUGCAGCGUCUGUUGAGCUCCCCUGCCACUACAGCAAAGAAUUAGAAGAGAUUGUCACAGUGAAAUGGAGCCGUUUGGAUCUCGAUCCCAACACUGUCCAUCGACGGCGAGAAGGAGAUGAUCUGCAUGAACAAAAUCAGCUUUUCAGGGGACGAACAUCAAUUAGAUCUGAUGCUCUAGACUCUGGUGACUUCACCCUCACUUUGACAGAACCCCAACGCCCUGACAGUGGGAACUACACCUGCAGCAUCAUUGAUGAUGAAGGAGAAACAAUGCUGUCGGAUGUUCAGCUGUAUGUUAAAGAAAUUCCAACGUGGACCAUAGUUCUCCCGCCUAUCCUGGUUUUGCUGGCUCUGGGGAUUAGUGGGGGCCUUUUUUUAUAUUUUCGACAAUAUUUUAUGUCAGAAAUCUCAACUCAGACCAGAUUUAUUUUGCUUCUGGUUGUUUUGCUGACUGUUACUGCAGUUUCUGUGGGCCUUUUAUUUCAUUUCCGACAUUAUUUCAAGUCAGAAAUUCCAGCUUGGAGCCUUGUACUUCUGCUUCUGCUGUUUUUUCUUAUUAUUGAUGUGGGCUUGUUUUUGCACUUUCGACAGCAAUUUUUUCCAGGAAUUUUGAUUCACACCAGAAUUAUCUUGGUUCUGAAGGCUUUGUUGGUUCUGCUGGGUCCUGCUGUUUCAGUGGGCCUUUUGUUUAUUAUUUGGUCAGAAUUGUAUUCAAAUUGGUUUCUAGUUAUCCUGGUUAUCCUGGCUCUUCUAGCUGUUCUUACUUUUUCUGGGGAUGUUUUGUUUCAUAUCCAAGAAUAUUUGUCACCAGAAAUUUAUUUAAUUUGGUCCAUAAUCAUCAUUCUUCUUCUGAUUCUAACGUUUCCCAUGUUGGUCACUGGAGGCCGUUUUGUUCAUUUCCGAGAACAUUUCAUGUCAGACAUAAUUCCAAAAUGGGAGAAAAUUGCCUCAGUUGGCGGGAUUGUCCUGUUUCUGCUGAUUGUUUUAGGUUAUUAUAUAAACUUUGUUCAUAAUUUCCGAAAAUCAAUGUCAUCAGAAAGACCAACUUGGACCAUAGUCCUUCUGCUUCUCCUGGUUCUGCUUGUUCCUACCAUUUGUGCAGGGCUUUGUUUAAAUUUUCUACAACAGCUUAUAUCAGAAACUCCAUCUUGGGCCCGAAUUUUCCUGAUUGUGUUGAUUCUACUGGUUCUUACUCUUUAUGUGGGCCUUUUGUUUCAUUUUCGACAACAGUUCAUGUCAGUUUACAAGGUGGACGUGGAUUCAGGAGUUAAGUCUGUUCUGCUGCCCUUUAAAACCAAUCUCCGCCUGCUUGAAGAUUUCACAGUCACAUGGACAGACAGCACUGGCAGUAUCAUCCACAAGUAUCCAGGAAAAUCUAUUAACCCAUUAUUAAUCGAAGGAAGGCAGUAUCAAGACAGAACGGAGAUGAAGAACAACUUUAAAUAUGGAGACCUCAGUUUGAUCCUUAAGAACCCUACAAACAAAGACACGGGCACUUACACCUGCACCUACACCUGCACAAAGAAUACCAUCUGCCCCUUCUUCUGCAACUUUGCCUUCUUGAACAGGUGGUCAGGAGAAAUCCAGAUCAAGAAACAAGUGCUGCUUAAUGUCAGAGGUAAAGCUGACUCUCUGAUCAUGGCCAUAGACUUUGGUUCAGGAUACAGCGGCUACACCUUCAAUCUAAAACCCAGAGAGGAAGGAGGUGAGACUCAGUUAAAUAGAUGGGGUAAAGAACUUGGACUGGACUCCCCAAAGACUCCAACCUGCAUCCUGUUUGAUGAAUAUAAACAAUUCCUGGAGUUUGGUUAUGAAGCUAAAACAGCGUACAGCAACAUGACUGAACAAGACGCUGAGAAAUAUUAUUUCGUUGAAGACUUCAAGAUGACACAUCGUGGCAUAGAUCUCAGUAAGCAGACAAUUGAAGCAGCCAAUGGCAAGUCAAUGACACGCCUGGAGGUUUUCACAGAAGUUCUGAGAUUCCUGAAGGACGACGCUCUGAAAACCAUCAAACACCAUCCAGCAGGAGGAGAGAUCUCAGCCUCUGACUUCACCUGGGUGCUGACUUUGCCUGACAGCUUUGGUGAUAAUGAAAAAGAUUUUGUGAAAGAAGCUGCAAUUCUGGCAGGUCUUGUAGGAGAAGACACUAAAGACAAACUGGUGUUUGCUCUGGAAUCAGCAGCAGCUUUGGCCUGGUGUUUGAAGCCUCCACCUGAUGGCUUCAUCACACAGAACCACAGCAGAACCUCCCAGGAUCAACCUCCAGAACCAGCAGGCGCUGGUACCAGCUGUAACGAUCCAGCAGGAGCUCCAGAACCAGGAGAAACCAGAAUUCUGCUGGAGACCCAGAACCAAGAUCAGGUGGCAGUUCACUUUAAGAAGGAACCAGAAGGAACCAAAGUUCUGCUGGAGACCAGAAACCCAGACAGAAAACGGUACCUUGUUGUCGACUGUGGAGAUAAAAAUAUUAACAUCACUGUUCAUGAAGUCCUGGAAGGAGGAGCCUUGAAGAAGCUGGACAAUGACACUGGAUACGAUCUGGGAGGACAAACUGUGGACAGAACAUUUAAGGAGUUCCUCGGAGAAAUUUUCUCUGAUGGAGUCUGGAUAGAAUAUGAACAAAACUUCCCCAGAGAGGUUCAGAAAAUGAUGUUUGAAUUUUCUCGUCUCAAACAUUUAGAUAAAGAUGUUCAGAUCAGCUGCCCAGAUUCCCUGAGAGAACGAGCUCAGAGAGAGAAAGACAUUGAAACGUUCUUUGCUUCAGUGGAAGGAGCUUCCUGGGAGGAUGGAGUCAUCAAAAUCUCCAGAGACAAACUGAGGUCUUUCUUUGAUGACAUUCUGCAGAGAAUCACUGAGCGUCUCAGAUACGUAUUAAAUAAAAACUCCAACAUUGGGUUUAUUGUGUUAGUGGGGGGCCUUGCUGAGAGCCAGAUGCUCCGUCAGUUCAUCACUGAUCAGUUUGGACAUCAGUAUAAAGUCCUGUGUCCUCUUAGACCCCAGGAAGCGGUCCUGAAAGGAGCCGUAGAGUUGGGGAGAAACCCAGAGUUGGUCCAGUUUGACUGAAUUGUUUUUACUGAGAAUAAUUUUCUGUUUUUGUUGCUGUGAUUUAUUUCCAUGAACAGUUUUUAGGAAAGUAAAUGCUGUUAAAAUGUGUCAACAUGUAGUUUUAAUCCCUGAUUUUUGGUUCUACAGAAGAAACUAUUUAGCUUUAUGGAGGACAUCGCUGAUGGAAGAAUGAUGUACUGUGGUCUAUAAUUCAGAGCUGAUUCUGUGGUAAAUCAGUGGAUUCUAGUAAAAAAACCUGAUGAUGAGAAUAAGUAACUUUAUUAACAGAGAUGCUGGUCCAGUUAUUAAAAAUAUAAACCC